GGUAAUAUACCACACAUGAGGAUAUAUAUACAGAUUGUGAAAGAAGAAUUGAGAAGUCAGUGAUUGAAAUUACUUACCUUUUAAACUUCUAUGUACAUGAAAAGUAGAGAGGUAAAUGUAUGAACCCUAGUUGGCCGGGGAAAAAAAAAGUAAUGCACGGGAACCUGGGCGUGUGUCUCUUUAGAUGGAAAUUGGUGCCGGUUUCGGCUGCGGCUGCGAACAAGGCGGAAGCAGGGGGUGAGGCGGCUGGGGGAGUUUAUUUUCAGUGGAGUUUAAGUUUUAUUGGUAUGAUCUAAUCUGUUUAAAGUUUUGAUCUAAUUUGAUCUUAUUGAAUCUAAUUUUUAUGGAGAGUUGACAAUGGGAUGAAAAUGUCCAAACUGCCCUUUUCUUUAGCCACUAAUCCCACUAUUACCACCCUCACCAGCCUUCUGUCAUUUUCUUCCAUCAUCUCCGUCCAAUCUCGCUACCGCCGCAGGCCCCUCUUUACCGCCGCCGGCCCCCUUUUACCGCCACCCCCACCAUCGCCAACCCCCUCCGCCAUAUCCGGUCCCACCACCACCGCCUGACAGCCCCACCACUACCUUAGUCCCCACCGGCCACCACAAUUGUGGUCUGCCCUAAUUAGAACUACAAUAACUGAGUACAACUCACCAUCUUUGCCCACCCGAGCACUAUCACCGCAACUCAUACCAUUGCAUCAGUCACUGCCAUCGCUAGUCCUACCCAACCGCCGCCGCCAUUGCCAUAUCAAGAAUAGAUCUGUCCAAACCUGGCAAAUCUGGAAGACAAAUAAACAGGAGACAAGAGAAGGGGCUGGAGGAGGACGAGCGAAUCUGGAGAAAGAAUAAGAGGAAAGGAAGGAGACAAAGGAAGAGGAGCAGAUCUUGAGAGGAAAAAAAAGAGGCGUGAAAGAAUAUGGGGGGGAGAAGAAGAAGAAGGGAAAGUUGGACACGUGGGGGUUCAUCCGCUUUCCGCGCUAAGUCAGUUAUACGGGCCCAUGUCCUUCAAAUGCUGAAAUAUCUCUUUCCGCCAUCGUUGUAUUCCCUCUUUCUCUCCGUACCCCAUCAUUCGUCCCCAUAAUUAUUCCGAUUAUCCAUCUCCGUUAGUCGCCGUCGGAGGAGGCGUUUUCCGAUCGAGGAGGGAUUCGAUCAUGAGAGAGAUCUUACACAUUCAGGGAGGGCAAUGCGGGAACCAAAUCGGCUCCAAAUUCUGGGAAGUCAUCUGCGACGAGCACGGCAUUGACACCACCGGCCGUUACAAGGGCGGCGACGCCAAUUCUCCCGGCGACCUCCAACUCGAGCGCAUCGAUGUCUACUUCAACGAGGCUCCCGGCGGCCGCUACGUUCCGCGCGCGGUCCUCAUGGAUCUGGAGCCUGGAACCAUGGAUAGCAUUCGAGCCGGACCCAACGGCCAGAUCUUCCGACCUGAUAACUUCGUUUUCGGGCAGAACGGUGCCGGAAAUAACUGGGCCAAGGGGCAUUACACGGAAGGAGCUGAGCUUAUCGAUUCCGUUCUAGACGUCGUUCGUAAGGAGGUUGAGAGCUGCGAUUGUCUGCAAGGUUUCCAGGUUUGCCACUCACUGGGGGGUGGGACUGGUUCUGGGAUGGGAACUCUGUUGAUCUCCAAGAUAAGGGAGGAGUACCCUGACAGAAUGAUGCUCACAUUCUCUGUCUUCCCAUCACCCAAAGUCUCUGACACUGUUGUGGAGCCAUACAAUGCCACACUAUCUGUCCAUCAACUGGUGGAGAAUGGGGAUGAGUGCAUGGUCCUUGACAAUGAAGCCCUCUAUGACAUCUGUUUCAGAACCUUGAAGCUCAGCACUCCAAGCUUUGGUGACCUGAACCAUCUGAUAUCUGGAACCAUGAGUGGGGUAACCUGCUGCCUGAGGUUCCCAGGGCAGCUGAACUCCGACCUGCGAAAGCUGGCGGUGAACCUCAUCCCGUUCCCGCGCCUCCACUUCUUCAUGGUGGGGUUCGCGCCCCUCACCUCCCGGGGGUCCCAGCAGUACACCUCCCUCACCGUCCCGGAACUCACCCAGCAGAUGUGGGACUCCAAGAACAUGAUGUGCGCCGCCGACCCCCGGCACGGCCGCUACCUGGCGGCCUCCGCCAUGUUCCGCGGCCGGAUGAGCACCAAGGAGGUGGACGAGCAGAUGAUCAACGUCCAGAACAGGAACUCCUCCUACUUCGUGGAGUGGAUCCCCAACAACGUCAAGUCGAGCGUGUGCGACAUCCCCCCCACCGGGCUGAGGAUGUCGUCCACCUUCGUGGGGAACUCCACCUCCAUCCAGGAGAUGUUCCGGCGAGUGAGCGAGCAGUUCACGGCCAUGUUCCGGCGCAAGGCGUUCUUGCACUGGUACACCGGGGAAGGGAUGGACGAGAUGGAGUUCACCGAGGCGGAGAGCAACAUGAAUGAUCUGGUGGCGGAGUACCAGCAGUACCAAGACGCCACUGCCGAUGAGGAUGACGACGACAAUGAUGGGUACGACCAGGGCGGCGGCGGCGGCGCUGCUGGUGGUGAAGAACACGACGACUGAGAAUCAUGAUAUAUUGAUAUGAAUCCAAACCUAUUCUUUUUCGAGAACAUCAAUCAACAUAUGUUAUACGUAAUACGAUCUACACAUCUUUCUGCAUUAAAAACUAAACAAAACAAUGUACUCCUGUCCUAAAAUGUUCUUCCCACUCACUUUUUACCCGGUCAAACUUUAAUCACUUUCUUUACCUAUUUUCAUUAGGUAUUUGAUAAAAUAAUAUAAUCUUGUCACCACU